AUGAACAGCAAGUGCAAUGAUUCUGUGAUCGGGAACACGCUGGGCUCUGUGAAGAUGGCAUCCCCCGGAGGCGGCGGCGCCAUUGACAGCCUGGAGGUCCUGGACCUGCUGUUCGACCGACAUGAUGGCGUCUUGAGGCACGUGGACCUGAGUGGGAGCUGGGGCUGCACCGAGGAGCAGGGACUACCUGGCACAGAGCCCAGCGACUUGCUCAGCUCCAUCCUGGGUUCUGGGGACUCAGCGCCCGGCUCUCCACUCUGGUCGCCUGCGGCCAGCGACAGCGGUAUCUCUGACGAUCUGCCCUCCGACCCCUCUGACACCCCCGCGGGGGGCUACCACCCCGCUGAGCCCCACUCCUAUGCACGUGGUGCCCCCUGCCCCGCUGAGUCCUCCGUGACCAUCGACCUGGACAUGUGGAACCCGGCGGGCAGCCUCUACACGGAGGUGCAGCUGCAGCUGGCUGGCUCAGUGCCCCGAGGCGAGCUCACCGUGAAAGACCUCCUUCUCUCCGGCAGCUCAGGGGACAUGCAGCAGCACCCCUUGGCUAUCCCCCACCUGCCGCGACCCGGCCCUGGUCACUCUCAGGAGCUCGUGCUGACCGAGGACGAAAAGAAGCUGCUGGCCAAGGAAGGCGUGACGCUGCCCUCACAGCUGCCCCUCACCAAGUACGAGGAGCGGGUGCUGAAGAAAAUCCGCCGUAAAAUCCGCAACAAGCAGUCAGCCCAGGAGAGCAGGAAAAAGAAGAAGGAAUACAUCGAUGGUCUGGAAACCCGGAUGUCAGCUUGCGCCGCUCAGAACCAGGAACUGCAGAGGAAGGUCCUGCACCUUGAAAAGCAGAACCUGUCCCUCCUGGAACAACUGAAGAAGCUACAGGCCACCUUGGUGCAGUCCACCAGCAAGUCGGCCCAGACGGGCACCUGCAUCGCGGUGCUGCUGCUGUCCUUUGCCCUCAUCAUCCUGCCCUCCUUCAGCCCCUUCGCCAACCCCAGCAAAGCCGAGAGCCCCGGAGACUUUGCGCCUGUGCGAGUCUUUUCUAGAACUUUGCACAAUGAGGCUGCAUCCCGCGUGGCCCCCGACAUUGCACCGGGGGUUUCCGAGGCCACGGGACCCCCUCACGAGGCUAGUGCACCCCAGCAAGGGUCUCCAGGCAACCCCAGGCUAGACUGGGACUUCCAGAGCGUGAAGGCGCUGGGCAGCUCCACGGGGCCGCUGGACAACGCUACCUUGGUCCUGGGGGCCUCGCGGGAAGAGCUGGGUCGGGCCACCCUGCUGGAGUGGGCGGCCCCCGAGCCUGUGCACAGCUCGGGCCGCGCAGGGCUGGAGGCAGCUGGGGGAGAGCUCUGAGCACUGCGCACCCAGGAAGUGCAGGACGGACUGGACGGAGCGCCAGGGUGCA